AUGCUUCCGCUGCGGAUCCUCCUCCUCCUUCUCUUCUAUCCGCCGCCCGACGUCUCCGCCUACAGUACGACUUUCUCGCGCCUUCAAACCGACUCUACACGUCUCGUUCUAGGCUCGUCGCCCGGAAAUUCCGCCGCGCAAAAGUGCUACAGUUGCAUGUCGCGCUACUAUGGCGCCACGUGGCAGUUCGCCGGAUACUCGAGGAUUUAUCAGGAGCCACGCGCGUUCACUGAUCACUGCAGGUUGGUGGAAAUCAGUGGCUGGGUAGUGGAAAUGCAGAAAACAAUGCAACUGAAGUGGAGGUUGUGAAACUGAAACUGAUAGAGUAGUGAGCAAAAAAGUGCAUUCAAAACAAUGUAUCUCGGUUGCCGGUGGAGAUAUCAAAAAGUUGUCAACAGAUGAAAUGUGCAGAAUUUCCUCAUGAACAAUUUAUUAGUUGACAUCUUUUUGAUAUCUCUACAAAUAACUAAAAUACAUAGUCUUGAAUGUACGAUGUCAGGCUAUCGAUGUCUAAAUGUCCUUUACCGUUUCAAAACUAUCAUAAGUUAUUCAUAACUUUUCGACUUUUUGAUUUCUAACGCUAAUUUAGUCUCUCGGUGUCUUUCAGAGAUCCUCAAGCUCGAGGAGCCGAUGUUCCGUACAGUUAUUGCGAAGAAAGUGCCAAUUGUGUGACGAUGAUCGAGGAAUUGAAGAUUGGUUAGUUUCGAUGAUUCUAUUGACAGCUACAGGCUUCAAAAAGUUGUCAAGACGUUUUCAUCGAUUUUUGCGAUAUUUUCUCUCAUUUUUUCAUUGUCCAACAACAACAUUUCACACGGCGAAAGUUGUCAGAAAUGUAGGUGAAACGUGUCAAUCAUGAUAACCCGAUAUCUUUCGUCUUCGUCUCGAAAACCGCAAAUCCUUCUCUCUUUUGACCCUUUUCUCACUCAAAUUGAAGGGACGACACACUCAAAUUGGCUGUAUCGAGUUGAAAUUGAGUGAAGAGAGCGUUUCCGGGGGGGGGAGGGGAGGGCGACUUGUUGUAGUUGAGGGCGAAUCGACAGAAAAGAAAACGGGAGUGUUUCAGGAACCGGCGCACGAGGAUACAUUCGCGGCUGCUGGGGAUCCGUUCUUCUUUUCGGAUUCAAUCGAACCGGUAAGCAAAGUUGGUCGGAAAACUUGGACCCGCAGCCGUUUGAACUGUCCAAAAAGAGGUCUAGGGCAAAUAAAACGGUUCUUUUCAUCAAAUUACACUGAAACGUUGUGAAACGAAACUGUUUCUGUUUCAACAUUACCACAAGUCCUGUUAUAUCACAGAGUUAGGCAAUUCGCGUUGUUGAGUACAAUUUUGAUUGGUACUAGUUUGAGAAAUGUUUCUGUUUCACUAAUAUUAUGUCAUCAACUAUCCAGUAUUUUCAGUAAUCUCCCUUUUUUUUCUACAUUUCGACACAAAUGUGAAAAGCAAAAAAACGGUUUUUCGAUUCUUUACCAGAAAGCACUUGAUGAUCACUGACUGACUGCCUAGAUUUUCAGUUUCAGAGCACAUUAAUCCGAAUCCACCUUCCCCGUAGUGGUAAUAUACUUGACUGAUAAGUUGCAACUCAUUUCGCAUCUAAAAAGUGCAUUGCUCUUGUGUUGACUAAUGACCACUUUCUCGUGGGCGCGCGUUUCCGUGGGAAAGUGCUCGUGACUCCUCGGCUCGUUAGCAGUGUCAAAAGUGUGUGGGAAACAAAGAGUAUCACAUAUUCCCGACCGACCGCUCAUUUUACUCACCGAAAAGGAAGCCGAGGUGUCGGGGGAUCUAUAUGCAUUCGUAGACGUAUCUUGUAAUUGCACAUUCGAAAACUGGUACGAGUCGAAUAGAGAGACGCGAUUGUAAGAGCUGAGAACAGUAAAUUGGUGUUUCAAGUCGAUUAUUCAAGGCGUUUUUUGAAAAUUUGGGCCUGUAAGCCGACCUUGGCUCCUUAUUAUUAUCACGGGACCAGGAUCCUGUCUUUGGAACCUGUUUACUCAAAUAGAGCCGAAGUUUCUCGACAGAACACGAUUGCAGUUUCAAAAAGUUAUGUUAACUAUCUGUACUCUAAGUACUCUACUAUUAUGGUCAACCGGUCCUAAUUCACUAGGUUCACUUCAAUUUUUCGAAUAUUUCGAAAACUGGGCGCUAAACCAUUAGACUUCAGUGAGAAAUUUUCCAAAAAUCGAGAUUUCUCGAAAAAGUGACUUAAUUAUAGGUUCACCACUGAAAUUAGCCAGAGGGUCAACUGAAUAAUUUUUAAUUUUAGCCAUAACGUCUUCUAAGACUGAUUAUGACCGUUUUACAUCGAUUUCCGACAAGCUUCUCGGUUCCCCGAUUUUUUGAACCAACUUUCAUUGAGUUUUGGGUGUCAAUCAUAACUCUUCGUCUUAAAAUCGAACCUAACUUCGAUUUUUUGGCCGGACGACAGCAGGAUCAUUCUGGAAUGAGUAUUUAGUGAGGUUUUGUGAAGUUUCAUUGAGAAUUCACGAGAAUUUGAUAUCUUUCUCUAAUUUUGAAGUGCUUUGGUCGACGUAAAAGGUUUCAUCUCUGUUUUGGGCCGAGAUAUGAUCAAAAGUAUGCAAAAACUGUAUUUCUUUUUCGAAAAGUCGCAUCUUCGUCAGUUUUUGAGUAAAACACUUGGUAAAAAAAAGGAAAAUGUAGCUAAUAAGAUGGUCUUCAAGAAUGCAAUUGAUUAUCCUUGACGAAACAAAUUUUCAAAGGAGAUAUUCAACAAAAUGAGAAAACGUUUGUACUUAAGUACACCAUUUUACGAAUAGAUUUUGACGGGACUAUCACCAUUAGAUUCAGCGCUCGAAACAAAAGCCGUAUACAAAAAUUUUGCCUUGGGAAAUCGCUUUGACGGAAAAAAAGUUAUCGACAAUACACUUUGUCCAUGUUUUCUUGAGGUUCUGUCUGUUUGCUAGCCUCUAUCUCCUCAACCGGUAGAGAUACCAAAACGUUAUCAACUGUAAAGUUAAAGGUACAUGUCUAGGCUAUAAAACUUUAGUUGAACGCUUUUUGAUAUCUCUACUCGUUCACAAGUUAUGGCCGUUUCUGAGAGUGAUCACUCUUAAACUGAUAUUAUCGCAUUCCGUCAGUGUAUCUGUACUAGACAGUAAACAUUCCGCCCUAGCGUGAAACCACAAAUAGUUUCGUUUCCCGUUUCACACUCUCCAUACGACUAUUCCCUUCACACGUUUCAUCUCAGUGCCAUUCCUCUCCUUGUGUUCAUUUUCAGUGUUUCAGGUACGGUAGGCGCACUGGCCGCGCACUCGUUCUGCCACACGUUCAAUCUGACCCAACUGGUGAGCGGCGGCCGUCCGGAAGAGUCGUCGAUCAAGUGAGUUAUCCAAUAGGCGAGCCACUUGAAAUCCGAUGGACACAUGUGCUGAUGGAUUAAGUCUCAUCAAUUAUUGUCGAUGACGGACUACACGGGUGCCCGAUUUCCCGCGGCAAAGUGUCGUGUAAAACAUGAUGAGCUAGGGGGAUCGGGGGAUUGACAAAAAAGUGAAAAGUGAGGGAUUUAUGUUUCCAAAUACUCAAAUUUUUGGGUCUUUGGGAACAUAAAUCCUCCACGUUGAACUUUAGGGUCCAACUCAAAGAUGCUUCCGUUUUCAGUGUCUGCUCGUGUCGAGGACCGCUCUGCAAUGGCUCCACCAUCAAUUCGACGCCUUCAACUUCCCCAAUCCUUCCCCUUAUUGCCAUUUUUGUGAUAUUAUCAUCACUCACCUCCUAA